UCGGGGUUGCAGGGCUUGCCGGGGCUCAACGGAACCGACGGCGAUCCCGGUAUUCAAGGACCCCCAGGAUUACCGGGAAUAUCCGGACCCAAAGGUGAGAAAGGUGACUACGGUGACAUCGGUCCCCAGGUCUUAUGGGACCUCCGGGUCUACCCGGCCCACCGGGCUAUCCUGGAAUGAAAGGCGAAAAGGGAGAGAAAGGCGAAUCGAAGUACAAAAAGCUUAGACGAAGACAGGGAGAUGGCACGUUUGAGAUGAAUGCCGGGGAAGUGAUAAUGGGUCCGCCCGGACCUCCAGGACCCGCUGGUACUCCCGGAUUACAGGGUCCACCUGGCAUCAAGGGUGACAGAGGACACGACGGCGCCAAGGGCGAUUCUGUCAGUAACUAUUAUCUAUCUGUUGAUCGCGUACAUCACACGUAGAACGUAAAAAAAAGCACGGUUACACCCGUUCGUGUUGUUACGCGACCGAAAAUAAACGAGUUCUCUCCCUUUCCGGAGUUGUAAACAUCAAAUAACAAAAUCGAUCUGUUUGUCUAUCGCUGUUUUGCACACAAAAACGCUA